CUUCCGCUGCCGGACUCGCCCACGUCGGGUCGGAUGAACGAAGUCAGUAAGUCGGACCUUACUUUGGAAGCCGUCCUCCCACUGGCGCCGACACGUCGCGUAGGAGUUUUCUUUUUUUGGUUUUUGGUUGGGUUUUUUUCCCGCCGAGGGCUGAGACAUCUAUCGGGACACGCGAGAAGAUGUUGCUGAAGGAGUACAGGAUAUGCAUGCCUCUUACUGUGGAGGAGUACCGCGUCGGGCAGCUGUACAUGAUCAGCAAACACAGCCAUGAGCAGAGCGAUCGAGGGGAAGGUGUGGAGGUGGUCCAGAAUGAACCCUAUGAAGACCCCAAUCAUGGCCAGGGACAGUUCACAGAGAAACGCCUCUACCUCAACAGUAAACUUCCUAGCUGGGCUCGAGCUGUGGUUCCUAAAAUCUUUUACGUGACAGAGAAGGCGUGGAACUAUUACCCUUACACAGUCACAGAAUAUACUUGCUCCUUCCUUCCAAAGUUCUCCAUUCACAUAGAGACCAAAUACGAGGACAACAAAGGCUCCAAUGAUAAUAUAUUUCACUCCGAGCUGCAGGACCAGGAGAGGGAGGUGUGUUUUGUCGACAUUGCCUACGACGACCUCCCUGAACGCCAUUACAAAGAGUCAGAGGACUUGCGAUACUUCAAGUCAGAAAAGACGUCGAGAGGCCUGCUUCAGGAGGGCUGGAGGGACACGCAGAAUCCCAUCAUGUGCUCGUACAAACUGGUCACGGUCAAGUUUGAGGUGUGGGGUCUGCAGACACGUGUGGAGCAGUAUGUGCAUAAGGUGAUUCGGGAUAUCUUGCUGCUUGGACACAGGCAGGCUUUCGCUUGGGUGGAUGAAUGGAUUGACAUGACAAUGGAUGAAGUGAGAGAAUUUGAGCGGACAAUCCAGGAGGCCACCAACCAGAAGAUCGGAAUUUUUCCCCCGUCCAUCUCCAUCAGCGAGACGCCAUUGUCCUCCUGUGCCCUCACCGGCCCCGCCAGCGCCCCCACCACCCCUUUGUGCACAGAUGCGCCCGAUUCCCUCUCCGUCCCCAAAGACCGGCCCCGUAAGAAGUCCGCCCCGGAAACCCUGACUCUCCCUGAUACGCCUCCAAGUGAUGUACAGCAGGGAUCUACUCCAAGGCCGUUACCUUCCUCAAAUGACCUCCAGUCCUCCACGCUGCCUUCCUCCAAUUCUGAUCUUGUUGAAAUGGGGGAACAGUAGACCGACCUUGGAACGUCUUCCCCCUGCACUUCCCAUUGAGUUAAGUCUACCCGCCAAAGACUGGUGCCCGAAUGUUGACGCGAUCUACAGCCAUCCCUAGCUAAAGACAGCCAAGUCAUGAUUAUACACACACCUAAACACCCUAAAAGCAAGUUUAUGGUAUAUUAUUCUUUUGUUUUUUUCAAAAAGUCUCACAUUCCCAUUUAUACAGAGUUGCUAACAGUCUAAUUGUUAUGCUAGGCCAGUACCAUGCGCUGCUUGUCCAGUCUUACUCAAAAGCUGACUUUUGAAUCUUCCACUCAGCUUGUACAGGGUUUGGGUCGACUGAGUUCUAGAUGAGUGGGUCCCUGCUGAUCACGGCAUAUUAGUGAAAGACUCGUUAUCAAGCGCAUUCGCAGCAACAGCCCUGUGUUCUGCACAAUCAUGAAAUUUUACAGUGACAAUGUGAAUGAUCGACCUCUUUUCACUUAGUCAAACCGUCCUCUAAAGACAGGGGUGUCCAAUUAAGUACUAUAAAUCAGCCUACGUUUUGGUAAUACAACACACAAACCAACUGGACAUAACCUACGGCAAUCAUUUAAGUACCGUAUUGACCUGGGUAUAAGCGUCUCUUUAAGACCUGUUUUUUGGAAACAAUAUUUCGAAGUAAGAGUCAAAAAACAAUUAUCUCCAAGUCAUGUUAAAUAACUGGUAGAUUACAAUAUAUUAUGCAGUUGAUGGGUUGGCUUCAUGAUCACCAUGAUCUUAAAGUUGGGUCACACAAAGAAAAUAUCUGACUGGCUUUAAGGGAAGUCCUUUGGCAACCACCUUCUGGUUUGCACAUACAAAUCCAGACUCUGAAUAUCAGGUCCCAUUGACUUUUUCCACGGGAAAAGUGUUAUACUCGGGUCGAUAUAGUCAAAGUAAAAACACCCUUAAGCUUUCUAUAAUAGAUGACCAAACCAAUUUUUGGUUAUUUUUGUUUAAUAAUACUUUUAGAAUAAACAUCAGGCUGUUUAAAACACCCUUGGACACCCCUGUCUUUGAACAAUUUCCUGAUUUCUAUGCCCUUCCCUUCCACUCCAGAGACCUUGAACCUAUUUUUCUUGAACGGAAUUUCUUUUUUACUAAGUCCUAACUUCCUCCGUUGGGACUAGCGGAGAUCUUUAAGCAGUUGAACCAAGAAGAAAAUGCCUUCGCACCACCGAGCCACAAGGUCGUUCCCUUUCCGGUUGACACGUUUGUAAUCACAACACAAAGUGCAGCCAUGUUCAACACGGACGCAUCACGACGGCUGCUAAUAACAGUUGGCAUCAUUUCACUGACAAGACUUUUGGACUACAGGAUCAGUACAAUCAGUGUUCACGCCUCAGGUCUCCCUCGUAAACCUUUCUCUCCCUGCUUGUUGUUUAUAUACCACACCAGUCUGCAAACUCACAAUGUUUACAACAAUCAGAAACUGUUUGCCUUUGCGUAGUCAAGCCAUGGAGUGCACAUGCAGUCUUGGAUACCUCUUUUGGGAGGGUGGUAUUAUGAAGUCAUGGUCACAAAAAUACUAAAGUGACCUCUAUGCUGGGAUGUCUGGCGGCGUACAGUGCUGUGCAAAAGUCUUAGGCCGGCAUUAGAUUUCAUCUUCAUACUCGUGUGGAUUAAAAGUGAGUUUGUUGGCUGUAAAUGACAAAAAAUAGACCUAUUGGGAGAUGGUCAACACAGAAAAUGUAUGAAACAAGCAAAUAUUUAGUCCACUCCACAAAGGCUGAAUGCUUAAUUGAAAACAAUCAGUCCCCUUAUUAUUCUGGUAAAUAGCUCGUUUCAUUGAUUCCAUAAUUACUGAAAUGGUUCAAAUACAUUCCCCUAUCUGCACCUUUGAUCCAGAUCCUCCAAAUACCGAAUAAUUAUUUCUUGCUUGAUUUUCUGUGCAACCGUUAUUCUAUUUACUGCUUUGAGUCCAAUUGACUGGCCUCGACUUUUGCAAAGUACUGUAGACGUGAUUCAACAAUCUAUCCACUCAAUCACUUUAGUCCCAUUGUGGGGAGGAAAUGCUACGUUCUGGGUACUUUUAUUUAUUUUUUUCCCCCCAACAUUGUAACAUAUCGACGUGUAAAGUGGAGACUCGUGUUUAUCAAGCUUGCGCUGUUUUGCCUGCAGAGGAUGGCUUCUGUUAAUCACUGCUUUGGUGCUUGAUGAGGAUUGACCUAUCAACUAGAACUUUUCAAAUGGUUUCCCGUCGCCAUCCAAAGCCCUAGUGGUCAGUAUUACAAAAAAUUAUAAUUUUACCUUCUUUUUUUUACUGGGCAAUGACAAUUCAGUGAUCAAACGGCAGAAUUUCAAGUGCUUCUUCUAUAUGCUGCAUGGAAUGUCUCUCUAUACCUUGCGUAUAUUCCAAGAAGGAUCUUUGUAUAUGGAUUGAUUAAUGAUGCACCUGUAUUGGGUGGGGGGGGGGAGUGAAUGCCUCAAUGCUACUCAUUUUAUAUUUUGAGCAUGCCAAGAGAAUAUGAACAACUGCAUGCCACGGUUACAUUCUCACCCAGUAAUCCCAAAUAUAUCCGCACUCAAAACACGCAGAUUAAAAAUACUGUUUAGUUGCCUUUUCAUUUGGUUUUUGCCAAGAGUGCAAUUUGGCAACGGCCUCAGGAAAGUUUAGUAGGAUAACAUGCAGAAAUGACGCGCAUAUGUAUGUGAAGAAAGUCUAUAUUUUGAUAACACUGUAAUGACGCGACGAUAGAUUUGGUGUAUUUUUUAUUUUUUUUUAAGCCGGUCUGUUUGCCGCAACAUUCCACGGUUGUGACGGCCAGUUGUUCGGUGCCAUCAAGCUGGUUCGCGUGUGUAAAUCUCCGAACCCCAAACAUAAGAUCUUUUUCCAGAAAGGGACGUAUGCAUGUGUGGUUUUCUUGUUGCGUGUGCCUUACUUUUUGUAUGAAAUCCUACUAAAUGAAUGUGAUGAUACAUGCAAAUGGGCUAUUGCAUAACAUGGCAUAUAUUAGUUUACUUUUGUCAUUUUGAGUUACUGUGCAUUUGUGCAAUGGUUCUGAUUUAGCUGGAAAUGGCAAAACAAAUUUGAAAAGACUCAACAAUUUUGAGAAAACAGUCUUUUGCACUUGGGCCUUUAAAAGGAACUGCAUUUGUUCUUGUUUUGCCAAUUCCUUCUAAAAGAUACCACUGACACUAAUCGUUUUGCCUUGCUUUGUAACAGUUUGCGUUUAAUUGUAAUUACAUUCCAGAAGAAGCUAUUUCCCUUCCCCCUUGCUUCGAAAUCGCCAUCUCGAGUGCUAAGACUGUGUACGAUUGUUCUGUUGCGGUCUUGUCCGGCUUCCUGGACCAAAGUGGUCUAACACGACACAGUGACUGCAACGUCUUACUUGCCAUAAACGCCGUUUAAUAUUCUGUACAGUUUUUGUUGAAAGAAUUGUUUGUAGUUAUCGGUAACUCUCGCUUCUGUCUUUCGAAACCUUUUGAAUCGGUCCUCUUUGUUGGAUAUAUAAUGGAGUGUACGUGCGUCGUCAGGGAUAUAUUUGCUACGUCACGGGCUGUUCCGGUUUAAACAAGCUACCUUUUUCAGUUGUGGUCUGCUCUGUUUAAAAGAGUAUUGUAAAUAUUGUUAUGGAUUAAUAUUUUUUUUCGUUUUUUUUUCAUUGGAUCUGUUCAUGUGGAUGGCAGCUUCAUGAACGUGUGAAUCUGCGAAGGAAUUUGUCAGUGGUUUCUCGCAGUAAUGGUGAAUUUCUAACACUGGUUUUUUUUUUUUCAAUUUUUCGAAUUUGUAACACCUUUUUUUUUGAGUGAAGUGGCGGAUUUGGUGGGCUCGGAUUUUCUUUUGUUUGUUUUUUCUGGAGUAAUCCUGCUGUAACUUUUGUGGCUACACUUGAGGGAUAAAAUCCUUUAAUUGAAGGACCAAGCCUUUUUUUUUUUUUUUCUUCGUUUUUUCUGUUGCACUUUGAAUCCGAUCUUAACCUGACGUUACCCGGGGCCUGUCUCACAAGCAAGAAGCUGUAAUUAUUGAACUACUUCCUGUACUCUUGUCCGCUUGUGCUUUGUGUAAUGGGCCCCAAAAAGUGUUCAUUGGAGAGUUGAUUCAUUGGCUUCUUUGGUAAUGUAAUUGUUUCACUAUUAUGAGCUAGAUAAAGGAAAUAAAAAUUCCAUGCAUCCUUA